UGUCAAUUAGAUUUAAAUAUUCGUUCAGAUGAUCAAUAUACUAAUAUUAUUACUGUUAGUGUACAUAUUAUUGAUAUUAAUGAUAAUUCACCAAUAUGGUUAUUAAAUGGUAAAUCAGGUUUAUUAAAUUUUCCUGAUGAUCAUCAAAAACAGGAUGUGAUGCAUGUUUACGUAUCAGAAAGUAGCCUUAUCGGAGAUUCCAUUCAACUAACGCCUGCUGUAGAUCAAGAUGCUGGGUCAAAUAACAUUAUGAAAUAUAUGAUUGAACCUCAAUUUCCUGAAUUCCAGUUAGAAUGGACAUCACUUGAUAGAGAUGCUACAAUGGCAAACAAUCAAUUCUCUGGCGAUAUACAGUCUAGUGAUAUUCAAUCAUAUUCUGAUCAUUUUAUCAGAUCACCACCUGGUCCGAGACAUGAACUUCGUUUAAUUGUUCGAAGCCUAUUAGACAGAGAAACAAAAUCUUUAUAUGAAUUCAAUCUAACUGCUAUAGACGGUGGAUCACCAAGUAGAAAUACAACAAUCAAGUUACAAGUUCAUGUCACAGACUUCAAUGAUAAUUCUCCGAUUUUUGAAAAAGAUACAUAUACUGUGGAUUUGCAUGAAAAUGCUCGACCACAUACACCAGUUAUACAAGUUAAAGCCAAUGAUAUCGACGAAGGAAGUAAUGCACAAAUUAAAUAUCGAAUAAGUUCAUUGACUAAACCAGAAUUUAUACGGUUAUUUACAUUGGAUCCAAUAACUGGUUGGAUACAUGUGCAAUGGGAAGUGGACUAUGAAAUACACAAAAAAAUAAUAUUAACUAUUGAAGCUAAUGAUGGAGGUAGUCUACCAAGAAGUACAACUUGUAUUGUAGAAAUAACAGUAUUAGAUGAAAAUGAUCAUUCACCUGAAUUACAUUUUGAACCAGCUCAUUUAACAAAUUAUGCAUUAGUUCCAGAAAAUGAAAAACCUGGUCGAUUAGUUGCUGUAUUUACUGCACAAGAUAAAGAUAGUGGAGAUAAUGGUCGUGUAAGUUGUCGUUUAGCAGAAACAAGAAAAUGGACAUUUGAUACACAAAAUAAAGAAAAAUUAGAAAGUUUAUUAUUAAAUCCAACUGAAAUUUUAUUCAGUUUACAACAAAUGCAUAUGCCUUUUUCAAUUAUAUAUAAACUAACAACUGCUUCCAGUUUUGAUCGUGAAUUCAUUUCAAAAAUUACAGUUUGGAUAACAUGUUCAGAUUAUGGUAUUCCACCAAGAAAUAGUACAGGAUCAGUAGCUGUUAGAAUUUCCGAUGUAAAUGAUGAACCCCCAAUAUUUAGUCAAACACAUUAUUACUUUAAUAUUAAUGAAAAUACUGAAAUAGGAACAAUAAUAAACAAAAUCAAUGCAACAGAUCCUGAUGAAGGUGAAAAUGCUAAAUUAACAUUUUGGUUAAGUGGACAAAAUGCAAAUUAUUUCGAUGUAAAUAAAGCUACCGGUUAUUUAACAGUACAAAAAUUAUUAGAUAGAGAAAUGAUUAAUGAAUUACGUUUUCAAAUUCAUGCUGCAGAUAAUGGAAUGCCAAGUUUAAAUUCUAGUGCUGAUAUAACAAUAAUUAUUCAAGAUGUUAAUGAUAAUCCACCGAGUAUAUUGAAUAAAAUAGAAUUCUAUAUAUUAGAGAAUCAUACAGCUUCAUUGGCUAUUGGUAAAAUUACUGCAUAUGAUGCAGAUAUUGGUCGAAAUGCCGAAAUAACUUUUACAUUAAUUCAAUGUAUUGCUUAUGGAUUAAAUACUUUCAAUAGUUCAGAUAGUAUAGUUCAUGAAUCAUAUGAAAAUUAUUUGAGCAAUAAGAAAAAUUUCUCACAAUCCCUUGAAAUUAUGUAUACAUUUUUUAUUGCCAAAGAUGGACAAAUCUAUUUAGGUAGAUCAAAAUUAGAUCGUGAAUUAUAUCCAUUAUAUGAAUUGACAGUUCGUGUUGAAGAUCACGGUACACCAAAAUUAUCAUCUACAACAAUUGUUUUAAUACAUAUAUUAGAUGUGAAUGAUAAUACACCACAAUUUAUCUUUCCAUCAAUUGGUAAUAAUACUGUUUAUGUACGAAAAGAAACAAAGCCUGGAACUUAUAUUGCAAAACUAUAUGCUAUUGAUAUAGAUUCAGCAGAAAAUGGUCGUAUAACAUAUGGAAUUAAACCAAAUGAGCAUACAGAUAUACAAUCCUUAUUUGAAUUAGAUCCUAUAACUGGUGAUAUUAUAUUAAAACGUUCAUUAGAUUAUAAUAUAGAUACAUUAAGACUCAAAGAAAAUGAAAACUUUAAAGAUUUUAAUUCACUUAAUAUACAUAGUAGAUCAUCAUCUAUUCAUGAAAUGGAAAUGAAACGUCGAAAUCAAUCUAUUCAUGGAAUAAAUAAAACAACUUUUAAACAAAAUGAAUUGAAGAAUAAAUUAUAUGAAAGUCAAAUGGCAUAUAGUUUAAUUGUUACAAUAUGUGUUUUCCUUAACUUGCAGGUAACAGACAAUGGGGAACCACCAUUGAAAUCUUCUACCAUUUUAAGAAUUCUAUUUACUCCACCAUUUUACCCACCUAAUGAUUCGAAAGAUUCACCAAAUCCUUUAAUAAUAAAACAUUCAGUUCGACACAAAUCAUUAAACAAUCAUCCUGACUAUACUAAAAGUCAAUCUAUAUCAAAUGAAUUAGAUUUCGACACACCAGUAGAAAAUGAAUUAACUGGAAUCGGUAUACUACUUGGAUUAGUAACAGCUAUUGGUUUAUUUGUCUGUUUUUUAAUUCUUGUUAUAAUGAUCACUUUUUAUCAAAGUCGAAGACUAAAUGAGCAUAGAAAACAAUUAAUUGAAAGAAGAAAUCAAGCAUAUAAUCAACAUCAAGUAGUAGAACAAACACAUCAAUCACAAUUACAACAACGACAGAAUCAACAAAAUUCAGAAUUGAUUCAACUUUCAACUGUAUCGCCAUCAUUCAAUACACAAUCAACUCAUUAUAUGCCACAUUCAAUUCUUCGUCAUAUUCCUGUAGAACAAUUAAAUAAAUCUGAUAAAACCUUAACUGAUUCAUCUCGACAGUAUUAUUUACAAACAUUCAAUGAAAUAAUGCCAAAUUCACAAAAUGAAUUAAUGACUAGUUUUACAACACUUUAAAGAUAUGCAUCCUUUUUUUUAUUUGAUGUAUGUAUUUGUGUAUGGUUCAGCUUCUUUGACCUCUUCUAUUAGCUUCAUUUGAUCUCGUUAAUUUUCUUUUUUUUUUAAUUUACUGAUUUGUACAUUGAGAGAAACUUGAUUUGAUAAAUGAAAUUAUACUUUUGUUGUGAAUUAUAAUUUAUAC